GUGUGUGUGUGUGUGUGUGAGUGUGUAUGAGAGAAAGAAAGAAUUUGUGUGUUUAGGUGUUUCUCCUUGCUUGACUGCUUCUCUCUCCGCUCUCUGCUCAGACGUGUCGUGUCCCACCACUCACGCUCUCCAAGUAUGCUCCCCUUCAAGGCAGCACCAGGUCAGUUUGGUCCAGAGGUCCGCGAGCCGGGCCUCCGAGUGUGGAGGGUGGAGAAGAUGAAGGCAGUGCUGCUGGAUCCCUCUGAGGUCGGAGCUUUUUAUAAUGGGGACUCCUACCUGGUGCUGGAGAACCGCGGUCAAUCGGGAGCCGACCUCCAUAUGUGGAUAGGUGAGAAGUCGUCUCGGGACGAGCAGGUGGCGUGCGCCAUGCUGGCCACCCAGCUCGACAACUUUCUGAGCGGUGACCCCAUUCAGCACAGGCAGGUCCAGGGCUACGAGUCCCCGGAGUUCAUGGCUCUCUUCCCCAGAGGGGUCAGCUACAAGGUGGGUGGAGUGGAGUCGGGCUUCAGGAGGACUCAGGGCUCCGGGACGGUGCAGAGGUUGUACCAGAUCAAAGGGAAGCGCAACAUCCGUGCCAAGGAGGUGGAGCUGUCCUGGAGCAGCUUCAACAAAGGAGACUGCUUCAUCCUUGACCUCGGAGAGACCAUUGUGUCGUGGAAAGGGUCGCAGGCCAACAUCUUCGAGAAGCAGAAGGUGCGCGAGAUCGCCUCGCUGAUUCGUGACACGGACAGAUCCGGAAAAGCCCGAAUUGUGGACAGCAGCGAGGGGGACGAGCCCGAGGAGAUGCUGAAGGUCCUGGGUCAGAUGCCUCAGCUGGCAGAGAGCACACCAGAAGAGGACAAGGAGGCAGACGCUUCCAACUCGGCCUCCCUCUACAAGGUGUCUGAUGCGACAGGUUCCAUGACGAUGACCAAAGUGUCGGAGAAGAGCCCGUUUGAAAAGGACCUGCUGGUCCGUGGCGACUGCUUCAUUCUGGACAAUGGCGCCAACGGAAAGGUCUUCGUCUGGAAAGGUAACGGAGCAAACGCUGAAGAGAAGCAGGAGGCCCUCCAGAUGGCGGAUAACUUCAUUGAACAAAUGAAGUACCCGAGGAUGAAAACACAGGUGGAGAUCCUUCCACAGGGGAAGGAGACCAUCAUCUUCAAGCAGUUCUUCAAGAACUGGAACUAAGACAUUUCAUGGGAACAUUUGACAAAAUCCUGCAAGCGAGGAGAAGCUCAUAUAUCUGAAAUGAGACCGCAUCUGAUAUAGAAAAUUUUUUUUAUAUGCAUUUAUUUGUAUGUACAUAUUUGUAAGGGACAGAGCACACUUUAGCUUGUUUUGAAACUAGUAGAAUAAGAGAUGUGACGCCACUUUUAUAAAUGCAAACAAGUUUCUUCUGUUGAGAUUUUAAUGAUUAGAAAUUACAUGAGGAUUAGAUUUUUUUGUUCUUUUUUUACAUUUGUUCGAGUGUCACAGAUUUGACCGCAUUUGAAAAUAAAUCUGAAACUGCUUGCUAAA